AUAAUAGUAUAUAUAUUAUAAUUAUAAUAAUUCACCACCGAAAGACGUGAAUGAUUCUUUAUCACAAAAAGAUAUACGAGUUUCUUCUAUAAAAGAAGGCAUUGCAUUGAGUUUCAGUCACCAAAAUCCAAUACUUAGUAAUUCAUCCAUCUAUUCUCAUAAUAAAUUAAAAAAAGUGAGUUUCCAGAAACGGAAAAAAUGACGAUUCCAGUAAAAGGAAAAUUCGAAGUAGAAGUUGAUAUUCAGUGUCAUGGUGAUAUUUUCCAUGAAAUAUUUAGCAGCAGACCUCACCAUAUCUCCGACAUGUCUCCUUCUAAUAUUCAUGGUUGUGAGGUUCACGAUGGUGAAUUUGGCAAGCCUGGUUCCAUCAUUUACUGGAAUUACACCCUCGAUGGGAAGAAAUGUGUAGCAAAAGAGCUGGUAGAGGAAAUAGAUGAAGAGAAUAAGCGAGUGAGAUUCAAGAUCAUUGAGGGAGAUCUUCUGAAGGAAUUCAAGCACUUUACACUAACGGUGCAGGUAACUCCUAAGGAAGAUUUUACUGCAGUGAAGUGGAUUGCUGAGUUCGAGAAGGUGCAUGAUGAAGGGCAUUACCCUACUAAAUUAAUUGACUUCUGCAUUGCUGUCACUCGCGACAUUGAAGCCCAUCAUCUUAAGGAUGAUAAAAAGUGAACACCAUUCCAGGAAAUGAUGGUUGUGUUUAAUCAUCUCAGUUUUUAAUAAAUUUGCUGGUGUGUACUUGUCUAUGUA